AUGGGUCUGAGGCUUUCCUGCAUCCGCCAUGGCAGCGCCUCGCGGCAGCUGCACCAGCCAGCGGCCUCACCACCGGCGCCAGCCAGGGUCAUCGCCGCCGAUGGCUCGCUGAAGGAGCUUCCAGCGUCGCCCUCCCCGCUCGCCACCGUCUCCGACGUGCUUAGCCUCGACGGCGGAGGUAAUACGGUGGUGUCGUUCUUCGUGUGCAACGCCGACGCGCUCUACUUCAACGAGCACCCGCCGGCGCUGGCCCCCAGCGACUUGCUCCGCCCGGGGCAGAUGUACUUCGUGCUCCCCGCGGACUUGCUCGGCCGGCCGCUGUCCGCCGCCGACAUGGCCGCGCUGGCCGUGCGCGCGAGCGCAGCGCUCGCGUCGUCCGGCAAGCCGCAGCGGCAAAAACGGCGGCGGCGCGAUGGCAAGAGCAAGAAGAAGGCGGUGCGCGUCAUGCCGGUGCAUCACGAGGACGCCGAGGACGUUGACUUGUUCAACGAGAAGCUCAACGAGCUGACGCUAGGGCAGGUCGGUGUGUUGCUGAGCCCGGCGAAGAAGGGCGAUGAGAAGCUCGCUGCGGCGGGGCGGUCGCGGUUGAAGCGCGCGCUGAGCAUCAUUCGAGAGGAUGCCGAGUGA